ACUAGCAGAAGCCUGGCUGAUUUGCCAGAGUUGCUUUCAUACAUAUUUGCAUUGAAAUGGAGUGCUGUGAUUGAAGCACUGAUGUGUAUAUCUGCCUUGUAGUCAUGGCUAUAGUGACACUGAAUCUGCUGCUUGCAGGUUUCAGCAGGUCUGAAGGGACCUUGGGCUGUGAGUCAGGGGGACCUUCACAGGCCGAGAAAAAUGGGCUGGGAGAAACUUUAAGUUCAGCACUUGCAGAAUCCUGCACAUGGAACAGAAGAGUGUCAUGGAACAGCACCGUUCUGGGCACUGCUCAAAUGGGAAAUGCCUCUGCAUCAAAAAAGGACCUAGGGUCCUGUAAAAGCUGAGUCCAUAUCACUAGUGUGUGCCAUUCCGAGGAAGAGGGACAGCCCCAUGCUCGGCUCUGCAGGUUGAGGAGAGUGAUUUUUACCUCUGAUCAGUGCUUGCAGGGCUGCACCUGAGUUUCCAACUCCCCAGUAAUAAGACAAUAAUAAUAUACUAGAGUGAGUCCUCUGGUAUGAUUAGCAGUGUGAAGCACCUGGUGCACAAGGAGGAGCUGAUCGAGCUGGAGUUUUUGCUCUCCUCAGCUACCUGUAAGGAGGGUAUGGAGGAGACAGAGCUGGGCCCUUGUUGGAUGUGCAGAGUGGGUGAGAGCAGAUGCAGGUGACAACAGGAGAAAUUCUGGUUAGGUAUUAGGAAAAAUUUUCCACUGCAACAAUAGUCAAGCCAUGGAACAAGGGCUCAAAGAGACUGGAGUGUCCAUCCCUGGAGCUGCUCUGAAUUUGACUGUCUUCCCUGUCACUGCUGCCAGUAAAGAGAGAAUCUCUGGUCAUGAUUUCCUUGUUGGACAUGUUUACAGGGGUGUGGAGACAUUGGGGAAGGAACUUUUUAUGUAUUUUGAUCAGAAAGCCUUGAGGAUUCACUUUGGUAGGAAUGGUUCCAUGCGUAUUAAUCCUGAUGGAAGCAAAGACAGAAAUGGAGCACUACCAAUUUUGGAGAUACAGUUUAUGAAGGAGACUGUUUGUUUUUGGGAUGUGACAGUAGAGUAUAGAAAUGCAACUGAGUGUGAGCAGAAAGUGAGGAUGAUGGAAAGUUUGGAUGUCUGUUCUCCAAAGUUUAGCUUCUCGAGAGCAGAACAUGAGAUUAAGCAGCAGAACACCCGUAUGUUGUGUGAUGUGUUACUGGAUCAAACAGUAUUACCUGGUGUGGGAAAUAUCAUAAAAAAUGAAGCACUGUUUGAUAGUGGUCUUCAUCCAUCUCUCAAGGUUUGCCAACUGACAGAUGAGCAUAUACGUCACUUGGUGAAAAUGACACGUGAUUUUACCCUGCUUUUUUAUAAGUGCCGCAAAACUGGGUCUCCACUCUACAAACACUACAAAGUGUACAAGCGCCCAGCCUGCAGGGAGUGCAGUGGCAGCAUCACCGUGUGUCGUUUGGGAGACCAUAGCAGGAUGACUUACUACUGCUCUCGAUGUCAAAAGGCAGAUCCCCAGCUUGUCAAUCUUAGCAAACUGCCAGCUAGAAACAGCCUAAUUGGCUGGGCAUAUGGCAGGGGGUCAUGUUCUAAUGAACAUGUAGCUCGGAAAUCUGAAGAGGAGUGGACAUGUAUGCAAUGCACCCUAAUAAACAAGCCUUCUGCUGAAAUUUGUGAUGCCUGUUUGACUUCAAGACCUGAAGUUCCAAAGAUGGAGAGUUUUGAAGAUUCUGCAGCCUUUAACACAAACUUAAUCAAGUACCCGUGUAAUGAUUUCAAAAAACCGAGCACAGAAAUAAAGAUCAAUAGAAAAACUGCAUUUGGAACUACAACUCUUGUCCUAACGGAUCUUGGUAACAAAACUGUUUUGAGCAAUGAUACCCAGGUAUCUGAUGGACACUCUCAGUGUAUUGUUCCUCAAAGCAAUUGUAAACAGAUACAAAGCAAUGCCUGCCAAUCAGGGGGAAGCACAGAAAAGGAAUGCUCAACAUGUGUAACUGCUCUGGCUUUGUCCUCCUGUCAGCAACCUCUCUCUUUAAUACACAUACAGAAGAAACAGAAAAUUGAUAAUGUACCUGUGGUUCAUCCAUAUAAUACACCAAUCAGCACACCUCAGACUAAUGUGACGGAUGAUACUCGUAUGAUGAGCAUGGGGCAUCCUCGCUGCAGUAAACACAGCCGUCUCUGCAGCCUCAGAGUUGUGAGAAAGGAUGGAGAAAACAAGGGAAGGCAGUUUUAUUGCUGCCCUCUCCCCAGGGAAACUCGGUGUGACUACUUUCAAUGGGCCAACUUGGAUUUUCCAUUUUGUAACCAUGGCAAGCGAUGUGUUAUGAAGACCGUGUUGAAGAUUGGUCCCAAUAAUGGAAAGAACUUUUUUGUGUGCCCUUUUGGGAAGGAAAAACAGUGUGGCUUCUUCCAAUGGGCAGAAAAUGGGCCAGGCCUGCCAGAUAACCCUAACUGUCUUCUGUGCUACAAAAACAAGUCCAGCAAUUUGUUUGGGUCAGCUAGCACUAUAAUUGUUCCAGAAGUUUUGGAAGAUUUCAUAAAGGUGGGAGUUUGAGGCAGUCAAGAUACAGGAAAGUAUGUACUCAGAUUGCAGAAGAAAAUAAAACACUUCCCACUUAUUCCCUGAAGUAAGAAUAAAUGAAUGAAUGAAUGAAUGAACGUAGCUGUUUCAGAUAUAAAAUAUCCUGAAACAUAAAUUUCAUGCAGUUGGCCAUAUGAUUAAGACAGAUGGCAGUCACAAUCUCUCACCUAAAUCAGUGUGCACUUUUCUCUUUAGGCUGUAACACUGCUUUACCAAAUAGCUCACCCUGAAGCACCAUUUCCUAACACGUUUCCAUAACCCUGUUAACUAAGGCUAAAGUAAACAUUCUUGGAUGUAAGAAAGAUUUGCUGAUCAUUAAUGAAUUACUGAGAUUACAAUAUCUGCUAAAUUGUUCUCCUGUGGAUAGGCUGCUAACAUUGCCAGAACAUCAUUACAAAUACUGAAAUUUGUUAACUGUAAAUUCCACUCGUGGGAUGGCAAACCUGAAACAGUGAUUGCAUAAAGAAAAGGGCUCUGUCUAGGCUGGUAGUCUCACAUAUUUGGUUUGAGAAUAAAAUUUACUCAUUCUAUGAGAAAAGAAUGCCUAGAUUGUAAUUCUGAGGCAUGAGAUUUGUAUGCUGUUAGUCGUUCAUUAUUAAGUCAUAACAUUAUUGGGGACAGUUGUUAAAAUGAAAAUGCUGUAAGGGGGAAGCUAAAGAAGCAUACUGACAGCAAGUUUUUGUUGUCAGAAUUUUACCAGUAAGUUGCCUUAACGAUUUAUUAGUGAACCACUCAGGAAUUUGGUCUGUUUUCUGAGCUCUGCUGGUAUUCAAGGAAUGCUUAUCACAUGUUACCUGUUGGGAGGAAAGGGUUAAAACCAGAAGAUGUGGUGAGGAGGAGGGAAUAAUUUCGCUCAAAGCGACCUUGCAGGUGGGAUUGCUAAAAAUGUCAGUGUGGGAAAAAAUAAGUCCAUUUAUUAUGUCUAGUGUGGUUUAUCCUCUGCCUGUUUUAAGUGGAUUCCUGUAAACAUAACUCUCACAGAGAUGCACAAAGCCUUCUGUAGUAAUGACACAGGCAGAGACCCUCCUGGUACCCAGGAGGAUGAACUAAGCCCAAGGAGCCUGUGUCCCUGUGUGUGUCUCUGCUGCCCUGUGUUGUUAACAAGAUAAUUAUAUAAAUAUACUCUGCAUUUUAACUGUGGCUUGGUGGUUGCCUUAGUUACCUGUAUGUAUUGAUUCACACAUUACCUAUAGCUAGUACUCACAGGAACAGACAUGGGUCAGGAUGCGUAUCCUUGUGGAAUCUUCAUCUUCCUAAAGAAGCAGAUCUUCACAUGCUAUCUUCCUCAUCAUCUCAUAUUUCUUACUGAAACUGUUCCACCUAGUAUAUAAAUGAGUUGCUACUUCUUGAAGGAAAAUGAGGAGAAACAGAUUCUUUGGCCUAAGCAUUCUAGGAUAAUUAGGCAGGUUAUUGUUUGAACACGGAUUUUCAUGUUCCACAUAAAAUAGCACAGUCAUUAGAAGAAAUUAAACAAGCCACAGAUGUGCAAACUCCCUGCCUGUUGAGCAGCACUCAGUGUGCCAGCAGGUCCAUCCAACAAGGCCCUGGGGUUGAGCUUGAGGGCCCGGUAUCCUAUUAGCACUGGGACUUACUGGUUUUAUGAAAAAAAACAGUAUAUACUUUACAUGCUGUGAGAAACACUUUAGAGGCACUUAUAUGAGACAGUCUACUGGAUGAUCACAUUGCCUCAAAUUCCAGUAUGCAUUUGAAGUUCUUUCCAAAUGCCAAAGCUGGAAAAAUCAUAGGUACAAAGCAGAACAUAAUAGUUAAGUUCAACACUGAUUGGCAUAUUAUGAAUAGUUGCCUGACCAAAGUGCAAAAAUUAUAAUUAUAAAUGACAGUUGGAAUAUUUAUCUGGCAUUAGCACUUAUAUUUCUCAUAGUAAGGCACUAAGUUUUUGUUACAAAAGUACAACUUUAUGCAAGAUCAAACUUCUGUUCCCAAGUCUGGAAGAGUCUUGAUUUUUCAAAUUAAGUUACAGGGUUAUGGCUCUAUUCUUGAGUGUGCCUGCAGAUGUUAUCCUAGCUCCACUGAGUAUAUUAGCGAUUGUUUCUUUCCUAAAACUCUUUGUGAUUCAGUAACCAGACAUCCCUGUGACAGAACUCCCCAAGAAUCCAAUCUUAUAGUCUGUCCAAACACAGCAGCAGUGUUAACACAAAGCACAUCUCAGUGACUUUCAACUAAAUAGCCAGUCAAGGAGACUGAAUUCAUAGUGCUCACAUUUUCAUAAAGCAUUGUAGUAGCAGCAGCUGUUCUGAAGUUGCAAAGCCUCCUCAGUCAGCAGAAAUUCAAAUUCACAUUUUAACAAAGAGAAGGUGAUCCGAAAGUUAUAUGGAGACUCUACCUUCCCAUCCUGAAAAUAGGAAACCUAUGGUAGAUAAUUAAGUAUUUAUAUGACAGAAGAGAGAAUAAAAGAUACACAACAAUGGCCUGUUGAUAAAGAAAUAAAAGAAUAAAAGAAUACUAGAUGCCCAUCCUGAUUUUUCAUGUAUUUUGCUGAAUUUUACUGGGGGGAAAAACAGUAGACGGGCCUCAAGCCUGAGGGCUGAAUCAUGAAACCUGCAGACCGGCACCUUACUUCAAUCUGCAGGAAAAUUUAGAAGAGUGUUCUUUUGCCUAACUAAGAAUGUGCUAUCACCAGCUGGAUAAUUUCCUGUGGUCCUCAGUGCCCUACUGCAUAUUCCUGCAUUCUUCCUUUUGUUGGUACUAGCAACUGUGUGACCCUAAAGUAAAACAAAAAGUAAAACAAAACAGCUUGCUUACAUUCUGAAAAAAAUUAUUUGUUUUUAGCCAGACAGCAAGCUGAUGCAUUCUGUGGACCUGCACAAUUACCAGAAUCAACUGCAUAAAUAAAGAGAGAACACAUACUUCAGGAUGUGGGUAGUACCACCCUUUUUCAGCAGCAUAAUCUUCCUUCAGCUGAAACCAUCCUUAAGAAAUGGAUAAAACAUAACCUUGUCUUCAGCCCUUCAUUAUUAAUUGUUAAUUGUUAUUAACACUUAAUUGUUCCUUGUCCAAUACAGUUGCUUUUGGUGGAUUUUAUUAGCACUGCUGUAACUAUGAUUCCUGGAGCUAGAUUGCUUACAGGAAUGAUGAUGGUAUGACAUACAUACCUGAUGCACACUCCCCCAGCAAGCCCUGCAGCCUUUCCUUGCAGCUCUUAGAUCGGAAGUUAUGAACCCCACCGCAGAGUUGAUGGAAUGGGGUGCAGGCAACUGCUAUUCUCAGUGCAAAGCGCAGAGGGAGGUCAGAGAGGCUAAACUGUCGGAUCUGAAAUGAAGCAUACACCAGUCUGCCAGUUCUGGUAUAGGAACAGUAACUUCCAGAAAAGAGACACAGCAGGCAGGGAGAAGUAGCACUGCAGAAAUCGGUUAGAGGCUGGUAACAUCCUUAAGCUCACGUGGCAAAGUAAAGUUACCCCUAAGACCCAUUUUUUGGGGCUAACACUUUCACUAAGCACUAACAAAAACUGCCAUAACUCUAGUUGAGAAGUGAGAUCAUGCUGGCAGAUUUGUAAGAAUGGAUACAGAUGCAAUGUCAAAAGUCACCGUUCAUUUACACUGCAGCUACUCCAAUGCAAUUGAUUUUCCACUCUAUAACAUAGAAAUUAGUCUUCAGUAACAACCAGAUUAGCAAAACACACUUGACUGCAUAUGAAUUAAACUUGUUUAUAAUACCUUUUGCUGUAUCUAUCACUGUAAAUCCUUCAGAAAAAAACCCACACAUGUAAAGAAAUGAUUGCACAAGGCAAAUAGGAAACGGUCAGUUCUACAUUGCUACCCAAUGCUCAGGAAAAAUGCUGCAGAUAAAAAUAUUAAUUUAUGGGAAGUUUCAGUUCCUUUUUAUUUCUCUAUGUAUUAGCCUGCCAACCCAACCACAAAUUUCACAGAUGAUCCAUAAAAUUUGUCUUGGAAUUUUUCUUGUAACAACGUCUAUCCAGGAGCAGCAUUAAGCUAGGAGCAUAACUGUUUUUAUUUUCACAAAGCCUAUCACGCUGUAUUUAAUAAAUAACCAUAUAUGCCAUCAAGCAUCUACUUAUGAACAAUAAGCAUUCACAAUCUCACUAAGUAUAAUUCUAAACCUGUACUGCUGCAAUACUGUAAUCGACUGCUUCAGUAAUUAUGCCACCUUUAAAAGGUCACAUCAUAUAGAACUGGAUCCUCUCUGCCAAAUACUAUGUGACAAAAUUAUACUACACCACAGCCUAUAUCAUGCAUGAAGUACACUUCAAAAAGAAAAUUAAGCAACACUUGAACCUGGAUGGGUAUAGCCAGAAUGUGUCAAGAAAGUUGUUAUGACAGGUCUGCUGACAGCAAAGAAAGCAAAAUUAAUGUAAAGAAAACAUUUAUAAUCUGACAAAUUACAGAUCUGAAGAAAGUAUAAAGUACCAUUAAUGACAGAACUGGAAAAACACCACUGGAAUUCUUCUGAUUAUAGGGGGAAAAGCCUUUCUUCUGUUUGGGAGAGUCAAAUUAGAUAAUCUUUCUAUACUUGUAUUGGAAAAAUAACAAAUUUGGGUCUUCCUAUCUGUUUAAAAGAAUAUUCAAAAAAAACCAAGGCCACAGGAUUUCUCGCUAAAUUGAAUUUCUUUUUUUCUCCAGAUCUUUAAAUGAUAAAUGUUUAGAAAUUAGAAAUAUAAAACACAACCCAACUUUCCAACUACAUUCAAGUGGCAAAGUCCACUACUUUCUAUAUAAUUCCACAAUAACAGCAAUCAAAACCAUAACAUAGCAACAAACAGAAUAAGGGUCAACAUGUAUUUCAGAGUCUGUCUGGCAAGUAUGCAAAGGGUGAAAUUAUGAAAUCUCCUGUUCAGGUAACACAUAAUGUUUUUUUUCUAUGCAGAGCAACAAAAUCCCCAUUUCUAACAAAAAAAACCUCCUGACAUUUACAAUACAAUUACUUCUGUAAAGCUCUACCUGGAAAAAAUAUAAUCAAAACUUCUUGUAAAGCUGUUUCCCUAUCUUAUUAGGAAAGAGGAAAAAAAAGUCACCAGUAGCAGGGAUUCCUUGAAC